AUGCAAGUUGCUCCUCUUACAAAGAUAAUAUUCCUCGCUGGGUUCCUUGCCGCUGGUUUCCUAUUGAUCAUCUUGAGUUGUGCCCUAUGGAAUAACUGGUACCCCUUAUAUGUUGUGGGUAUUUUCCUUGCUGCUCCAAUACCUAAUGCCAUAUUCAGUCGCACAGAGUUUGAUGAUUUCAUGAGCGAUUCUUCAAGUGCCACGAAUGAUUUUGCCAAAUUUCUUACAGGAACAUUAGUACUCAGUGGACUGGCGUUACCAAUUGUGCUAUACCAUGUGAGACUAGUUGUUCUGCCAGCUACGGUGAUGAGUAUGACUGGUGGUCUUAUUGUUUACACCUCAAUCAUUGUGUUUGGGAUGUUUUUCCAUGAAAAUGAAGAAGAAUACUGA